ACAAAUUGGUGUUACUGCUCCAGCUGAUGUGUUACAUUCAGCUUCCACCACCGCAAAAACAAAAGGAUGAAAUAAACAGCUCAUGGGCACAGAUGAGCUAUUAAACUAUAAAAAUGGGGGGGUUUAAGGUGAAAACUAUUUCCCCUGGAGUUCAGAGGAAUCUACGUGGCUGUGAGACAAGACUGUACGUUAAGGAAUGGUUGGCACUCUCUGGCGGAUGGUAGGCCGCGCUUUGGGCGGGAAGGGGCAGCCAGGGCUGAGGCGGCUGUUGUGUGGUGCUGAGGGGUGGGCAGCACAGCGAGAAUGUUUCCUGAGGGGUUGGGGCAGGCUUGUUUGGUGUUGGGGGUGUGAAGAUGCUUGGGGUGCAGAGUAGAGGGGAGAAGUGACGGUUGGCUGGCCAGCAGUGGUGACAGCCCUAAAAGCAGAUGGUAAAAGUGGUUUUCUAGUCAAGACUACUAAUUUUCAGGCACAGUUCAUCCAUUUUACAUUGAAGAUAUUAGUCCUGAACCUACACUAUCAUUCCUUUUGUCUGAAAUGGCUAAGGAGAAUUAUCCUUCACUAACUGAAGUUGUAAAACAAGUUGCUGAGCAGCAGCAUUUACAGUCAGCAGAGAUAGAAAAAAACAAAAUCAUUCUUUUUCAAUUGCAGGUUAGAUAUCAGGAACUAGAAAAAGAAAUGGAUUCUAUUAUGUUAGAAAUGAAGACAGCAGAAAGGGAAAUAUAUCUGCAAGAUGAUGCCAUACAAGUGACGAAGUAUCACUGUGAAAGCCUAGAAGCUGAAGUAGGAGCCCUAUAUGCUGAAAAUAUGAAGCUGAGGUUUGAUACGGAAACAAUACAGGAAGAAUAUGAGAUGACAUCUGCAAGAAAUAGCAAAUACCGGGAAAAAAUAAAGGCUCAUAAAAGUCUCUUUUGGGAGAUGGAAAGUAAAAUGCCCAUUGUGAUUGAGCUUGCUAAAAAGAAAGCUAUUGUUACAGAGCUGAGGGCAAAGAAAGAAGAGUUAAUGAGUGACCUCCAGAAUCCAGAAGGCUCUGCUAUAAAGCAAGUGCAGGAAGAAAUUGCACUUAUAAAACAGGAAAUCACAUCAGUGAAGGAUUUCAUCAAUAAAAAAACAGAUUUGCUGGAAGAAAUUAAAAAAGCACACGCUAAGCUUAGAAAAGAAAUUGAGGUACAGAAUAAAAGAUACGAUGCUAUUCUGAAACGUUUGCACUGUCAGCUGAACAAGCUGCAUUCAAAUAAAAGACAAUGGCACUGGAACAUUCAGCAGAUGGAGAAGAAGGCAGAAGAACUCAGAAAGUGUCUUGGAGAAGUGGAGUUGCAGAUUAACAUCUAAAACAAACCUGAUAAAGCUAUAAUGCAAUACAGUGUGGGUAAUCUUUUCCAGGCAGGGUAGGGUUUUUUUUUGUUAUUACUUUGUUGGUUUGGGUUUUUUGGGAGCAAAUACUACGGACAGUAAUGUAGCCCAAUACCUGCACCAAAGCUAGGUGAUUUCUUUUGUUCUUUUUUCAAUUAUUAUUAAAAAUUAAAUUAAAUUAAAUUAAUCUCAAUCUAAUAUCUUUGGAAUAUCAUUUUUUUCCUUUUUAAUUUUUUAAUUUUUUUUUAAUUAUUUCCUUCUUCCCUCUGUAGCCACAAGUUGUUGAGGAAGAAAGACAUUACCAUUUCCAGGUGUAUGUGCCAAUUUUACUUUAAAAAGUAAUGUAAAGCCAAUCAAAUAAGAUUUGAUUUCUUUUUAUUUUAUUUAGAUCUCUGAAGACUGAGACCUACAUAUUUUUUUCCUCCAGAAAAAUUAGUCUUAGUAUACAAUUGUAUUCUUGGGAUACCAAAGCUCUGAUGGCCAGUAUUUUGUUGUAUGGGAAAUUCAUAUAGAUAAUAUUACAACCUGUUUGCCAUUUGACUGCUAGAACGUCCUCACAUGGGGAAAAGUGGUCAUAGGCUUUCCAGCUAUAAGAGGCAUAGGAACAAGUAUACUCAGAUGAAACCUUCACAUAGUCCAACUCGUCCAAGUGGUCAAAUAUAUGUUUCCCCAGUAGCUAACAAAGAGGAAUGAAUAGGUGAGGAGAGUACUGCAAACAGCACUUAAAAUGGAACAACUUACUAUCUAGAGACAGUAAACAUUGAUUAUAGAUCACUGAUAACAGAAGAACUUGGAGCAUAGAGGAUAUUAACCAAGUAGCCAUCGAACACUAAGUGCUCAAUACUGGGUAAGAUCAUCCUUAACCUAAGUGACCACCAGUGACUGCUAUUAAAAUAGUGAACAGUAGACAUUUUUCUUUGCCUCGUUUUUGUUAUGUGCUUGCCAUUUGUGGAAUUUACAGUACUUUGUCUACUCAUAUACUUAAGGUAUUAGUUCUGGCUGGUUGUGACCAGAGACAUUUAUCUGUUAUAUGAAAGUAGGUAGCUUUUUAUUUGGAGUACUGUCUUACAUACUUUAGAUUUGUCUUUAUGCCUGAAUAUAGGAUGAAGAUUUUAGCAAAUGAGGUGUUUUCUGUUAAAACUGUUAAACUGCCCAUGUGUUGUCAGUGUGGGAAAGCAAAGUUUAAAAUGCAAUACUGUUACUGAUUUUCGUAGGACAUUCAUAUACAUAUAUAUGUAUAUAUAUAUAUAUAUAUAUAUAUAUGUUUUCCCUUCCACAUCUUUUUAACCAUUUUAGUAUCAUUUAACAAAGGUGAACAUGCAAAUUGCAUGUAAUACUCCACUCCUAUUGGUACUACAUGCUCGUCCUACACAGACCUACCUAUUGUCCAAAGCCCAAAGUUUCUAAUUCUUCGUUUUGUUCUGUAUCUUCCAAGAAAGCUCAUGGUUUUAUCUACCAGGGUCCUAAUCAACUUAAUGGAUCUCAGCUUUUAAAGGUGUUUCUCAGCUUUCUUGCCGUAAGAUAGAAAUUGAAGCAUUCAUUUUGCUGUGUAUGUCUAUGCUAUAUGUAACUGUUCUGUUCUCAUUUUUGUGUCAUUAACACAUUACACUAGAACUAAGUUUAUCUUAUAUUCCAUGCCAAAUAAAAAUGCCAGUUUUGGCCCAAAUAA